UUUUUGUUAUAAAAAAUGAAUUUAAUCAUAUGUAUGUUUUCAGAAAAUCCUCUAAGCAUAUCAUGGCAUGAUAGCUCUUGGAUACCAAUGCUGAAUACAAAUAAUGUCAUGGAAUAUUUUUCAGAGCGCACUAAUCCUUUCUAUGAUCGAACAUGCAAUAAUGAGAAUUUGAAAAUGCAGAGGCUUGGUCCUGAACAUUUAAGCAACAUGACAGGAUUAGAAUACUGCCUACUUCAUGUACAAGAACCAAUUUUGUAUGUAAUUAGGAAACAACAUAGGAUUUCUCCAAAUCAAGUUACUCCAAUUGCAGACUAUUAUAUUUUAGCUGGUGUUGUGUAUCAGGCACCUGACCUAGCUUCAGUAAUUGGUUCCCGAAUGCUGACUAUGGUUCAUCAUCUUCAGUCUGCAUUUGAUGAAGGUAAUAAUUAAGAAUAUGAUUAUUAG